AUGGGAGAUGAACAUGCAAGUGUUAUUUUACAUAUUCUUAAAACAACAUUAAAAUUAAUUGAAAAAUCUGAAUUUAGUGUUAAUGAAUUAUCAGCAUUAUUUGAUUGUGUUCUUAAUCCAGUUGCUGCUAAAGCUCAAAGAAAAGUUGUUGUAUCAAAUGGUUUGGAUUUGAAUGCUUGGAUAAAUGAUCCUCCAUCAGAUAGUGAAGAUGAAUCAAUAACAACAAGUUCACAUUAUGAUAAUAAAGAUUUAUUUUAUGGUGAUAAUGGAGAAAAUUAUAAUUCUAAUUUGUAUUCCGGUGUUACAUUAAGUUAUCAAAAAUCAAAAAAAUAUAUUGAACCAACUGCUGAAGAAUUAGAAAAACAACGAGAAUCAAGAAAACAAAGUGAACAAAUGAAUCCAUUCUAUUUGAAAGAUUCGAAAAAACCAAAAUUGACACAAAGGGUAUGAGUAUGAAUUUUUGAUUUAGAGAUCUUUCGAGGAAAGUUCCUCCCAACUAAUUAAUCGCUUUUGAGUUGAAACUAUGUACAUCAUAUCGAAUUAAAUAAGCUACAGACAUAUUACAAAUCUACGGUAGUUUUUAAACGAAUGCAUUAGUUCCUCUUCAGAAAAAUUGAUUUUCGAAUUGUGACUUGAAACUCGAUGUAAAGACAGGGCUUAACGUUAGUGAUUUGUUGUGAACGUUUCAAAUCUUUUGAUUAGCUUCUAUGUUGACAUAAGAAGGUCGAAUUUGUUAUUAGAUAUAAAAGACAAGUUUUUACUAUACCUUU